CAACUGCUGAGCAAGAAAAAGAACGGAUAAAUGAUAAUCAGGACUCAAAUUCUAAGAACGAAAGGGAUAAUAAUAACAUAGAAAAGGAAAUUAAAAAUCUGGAAGAUGCGAGAAAAGAAUUAAAAGAAGAAGUUGAAAAAAAGGAAAAUAUUAUUCGUCAGAAAGUGUUCAAGCACAUUUUUAAUAAUUAUGGUGAUCUUAAAAAAGUGUUAGGCAGUGAUAUUUUUAUUAGCCAAGGGUUUAAUUACCAGCAAACUCAAGAAGAUAACAAGCACCUAACAGUCAAGGAAAUAUUAUCUGCUAAUAUUGAAAAGUUAAAAAGCGAAUAUCGUCAUCAAUUACAAA